AUGGCUUCGCUUACCAUCCCAUCCCUAUUACGCACAUCCACCCGUUCGUUGCGGCGAACUGCCAUCCCCGCACUUGCCCCAGGAUUCGCCCGCAGUGUGUCGACAAAACACCCGGCAGGCUUCGCGCCCCCAACCGAGGAUGAGCUCGUAGAGCUCCGAGAGCGGGUGCAAGACUUCACAAGGCGAGAGAUUCCAGCCGAGGUUGCGGCACGGACGGAUGAGCAGAACAAUUUCCCCGCGGAGAUGUGGAAGAAACUUGGUGAUGCUGGCUUUUUGGGUAUUACAGCCGAUGAAGCUUAUGGUGGACUGGGGAUGGGCUACCAAGCGCAUUGCGUGGUGAUGGAAGAAAUCAGUCGGGCAUCUGGAAGUAUUGGUCUCUCUUAUGCCGCUCACUCCCAGCUCUGCGUCAACCAACUAUCGCUUAAUGGAAACGAAAAACAAAAGGAACGAUUCUUGCCUGGUUUGCUAGCUGGUGACAAAGUCGGUGCGUUGGCUAUGUCGGAGCACUCUGCUGGCUCCGAUGUUGUCAGUAUGAAGACCAAUGCGAAGGAGGUGGAUGGUGGCUGGGUAUUGAAUGGAACGAAAAUGUGGAUCACUAAUGGCCCUGAGGCCGACUUUGUGGUUGUCUACGCAAAGACACAGCCUGACAAGGGCUCCAAGGGAAUCACCGCCUUUGUUGUUGAGAAGGGCUUCGAGGGCUUCUCCUGCGCCCAGAAGCUAGACAAGCUCGGUAUGCGUGGCUCUAACACCGGUGAACUUGUCUUUGACAAUGUUUUUGUUCCCCGGGAGAACGUCUUGGGAGAGCUGAACCGCGGUGUUCGAGUUCUAAUGGAAGGCCUCGAUUUGGAGAGACUCGUACUGAGCGCAGGACCACUUGGAAUCAUGCAAGCUGCUUUGGACCUCGUCCUUCCAUACACACAUACCCGGAAGCAGUUCGGUACUCCGAUUGCUCACAACCAGUUGAUCCAGGGUAAGCUUGCCGACAUGUACACCAAGCUUGCCGCUUCAAGGGCAUACACCUACACCACUGCACGACAGGUAGACAAUGGCGCCGCUGCAUCCGAUCCCUUGGUGAUCCGUACACAGGACUGUGCUGGCGCGAUCCUGUAUGCUGCUGAGCGCGCAACGGAGUGCGCAUUAGAUGCCAUUCAGCUGAUGGGUGGAAAUGGAUACAUCAAUGAGAUCUCCGCCGGGCGGUUACUCCGGGAUGCAAAGUUGUACGAGAUUGGAGCUGGCACAAGCGAGAUUCGACGAAUGGUCAUCGGCCGUGCGUUCAACAAAGAGUAUGAUUAG